AUGGUUUCUCUCUCUGCUGCUUCGCACACCCUCGGCAACUCGGCCAUUGGCACUGGCACUCUGAACGUCAGCCGUCUCUUCAACGUCGACGGCUGGGUCGCGGUCGUCACUGGCGGUGGUACCGGCCUUGGUCUCAUCACUGCUGCCGCCCUUGCUGAGAACGGUGCCAAGGUGUACAUCACCGGUCGCCGCGGUGACGUUCUUGAACAGGCGGCCCUUGACGCUACACCAAAGUCGGGCAACGGCAAGGUCAUUGCCAUCCAGGCCGACGUUGCGACCAAGGAGGGUAUCCUGAAGCUCCGUGACGCCAUUGCCAAGGAGGAGACCCACAUCAACCUCCUCGUCAACAACCACGGUGUCUCGCAGGGUGCGCCCAAGAUUGACGACUGCGAGCAGACCCCCGAGGGCAUCUCCAAGACCAUGUUCGAGGACGAGACCUUUGAGCGCUGGGCGGAGACCUACCGCAUCAACACCACCUCGUACUACUUUACCUCGUUUGCCUUCCUCCCCCUCCUCGCCGCUGCCAAGAAGGUCUCGCCCGAGCCCGGAAACAUCCUCAACAUUAGCUCCAUGAGCGGCAUCACGCGCACCUCGCAGCGUGGACAGAUCAACUACAACGCCAGCAAUGCUGACCGGACUCCUCCCAGGGCCGCUACCCUUUCCGUCUCUGACCAGCUCGCCACCGAGUUUGCGCGCCGCAACCUCGGUAUCCGCGUCAACACCCUCUGCCCCGGCUACUUCCCCACAGGCAUGACCACCAUCCUCCCCGACGACCAGGUCAGCGCUGCCGAGAACGCGGCCACCUUCCGCGGCUCGGGUCCCGGCCAAUGGGGCAUCCCCCUCGCCAGGCCAGGAAACGCCGUCGACUAUGCGCAGUGUAUCUUUGGCGUGGUCACCAACCAGUACCAGACCGGUUCGCACAUUGUCAUUGACGGUGGAUGGCUGCUGGAGUGUGCUUUCUAG